GGCAACCCCAGCCUCUCACCCCCCAUCCCGCCGUCCCCAGGUGCCGUGACCCCCGUGAAGGACCAGGCUGUCUGCGGGUCCUGCUGGAGCUUUGCUACGACGGGCGCGAUGGAGGGUGCCCUCUUCCUCAAGACCGGCGUGCUGACCCCCCUGUCCCAACAAGUCCUCAUCGACUGCUCCUGGGGCUUUGGGAACUACGCCUGCGACGGGGGCGAGGAGUGGCGAGCCUACGAGUGGAUCAAGAAACACGGCGGCAUCGCCAGCACCGAGUCCUACGGCACCUACAAGGGGCAGAAUGGCUUGUGCCACUACAACCAGUCUGAGAUGCUGGCAAAGAUCACGGGCUAUGUCAACGUCACCUCGGGCAACAUCACGGCGGUGAAAGCUGCCAUCUACAAGCACGGCCCUGUGGCCGUCAGCAUCGAUGCCUCGCACAAGACCUUCUCCUUCUACUCCAACGGCAUCUACUAUGAGCCCAAAUGUGCAAACGAGUUGGGAACGCUGGACCACGCGGUGCUGGCUGUGGGCUACGGGGUCCUGCAGGGAGAGACCUACUGGCUCAUCAAGAACUCCUGGUCCACGUACUGGGGCAACGACGGCUACAUCCUCAUGGCUAUGAAGGACAACAACUGCGGCGUGGCCACCGAAGCCACCUACCCCAUCCUGGCCUGAGCCACCUCUCGGCUCUGCGGGGAGAGCCCUUGGUGACGCUCCCGGCACCCAUCCCUGGAUCAGCCCCUUUGGUGUGACCCAUCACGCAGGAGGAAGCUGGGGACACGGUGGGACAGGGCCAUGCGGUGCUGGACGAGGGGCAGGAUGGGGCCCCGGCUGUGAGCUUGCCAAUAAAAGACCCUGGAAAAAUAC